AUGAUAUCUCAUUUUCACUAUCCCGGUGCCGUCGAGCAACAGGAGGAGUUGCUGCUUCAUGGGGGGUCCCCGAUGGCAGGCGGCUUCACCGACCGGAUGGAAGAGAGUGGCGCUAAGAUCGAGGAAGUGCUCUCGCGGUUCCAACUGGACUGCGGCCACCUCUUUUUUGCGGCCGGUAUUGCCUCCUGUUUCACCGGCUUCAUGGCGCUCCUCCACAGUCUUUGGGGUCUGUCGAUUACGGGCACCAUCGAGAGCUUGUUCCUCCUUGGCUUUAGCGUAGUGAUAAUGUUGAUGGACUUUCCUGGCAUCCCAAAGUGGGCGGCACCUGUGCGAUACGCUGUGAGGCGGCAGAUGAAGGUCAUUACGAAAGUGACAGGUCGGGGUGCGGGCUACGUGUACUUGAGUGGUAUGGCAAUUGUGAUUCUAUGGUCGUCAAGUUCGUACCGUAGUUCGUCAGUAGGACUGUUGUUUGGACUCGCGUUAUCUUCGGUGGUUUUGGUGGUUGGUUUAGUUGGUUUCUUCGUAGGGUUGCGAAAGUCCUUGAUCUUGGAGAAGAUUCGGAAACAAGUCAGCAAUCAUUACAAAGGCAACGUAACUGAGGUAUAUCGCAAAUACGCCAUCAGUGAUGCUGCACAUGGUCUUCAAUUUGACGAAUUCAAUCGACUCUGCGGUGACUAUUCCAACGGCCAAUACAUGUUCCACAGCGGCGACCUCUGGCUCAUCUACUCAGCCCUCGACGACAACUCUAAAGGUGCCAUAAACGAGCGCGAAUUCAAUGACUGGGUCUCCGGUAUGAUGACCUACCUCUAA